GGAAGGGGAGGGGAGGGGAAGAUAAGAACAAGCUUGCCGUUCUGUGUCUCUUCCAAGCGGGAUUCUUCCUUAGUCUCAUCUGUCCCCGUCUCUCUCUGUAGUAGUAGUAGUAGGGAGAAGCAAUUACUGCGGGAAUUAUUGGGGUUCCCACUAGAAGAGUAGAAGAAAGAGGAAUACGAGUCAGAUCUUUGUCUCCUUCUCUUCUUUUGCUACUGUGGCUUUAUCAGACUGACAGAGCUCAGAGGAGAAACCCAUUGUUGAUUGGUUCCGAAGCUCCUGUUCCUGCCUGGCUCUGAUGUGGUUGGGGUCAUCCCAUUUGCGCCUCCAUUUCCAGCUUUCCCUUUUACCUUCACGUUUCCUGUCUGGGUUACUGUUUCUCUUAUCAAAGUGUGAUUGUUGCCUCCCUCUUUUCUGAUAUCUCUUGUGGUGAUUUGGGUUUGGUCUUCCUCUAGUGGGAAUCUGCUCCAUUUCUAUCAAAAGAUUGGAGCUUUUUUGCUGCUUUCAGCUUCAUCUUGUAUGGCUUUGGUCCUUUAGGGUUCCGUUGUGUCUAAUUGAUCUUUGCUUUGAAACAUCUUCUGUGAAUUUUUCGCAGAUUAGUUGUAUUUUUUGGAAAAAAAUUGAACUUUUAUUUGAUCUCCGUCGUUUUUGCUUUCUGGGAUUCCUGAGGAAUCUUCAAAAUCGGAUUUUUAUCUGAGGUGGAAUCAAAAGAUCUGACAGGACUUGCAUCUGAAUCAGUAGAAUAAUUGGAUCAAUCAUGGCUGGGAUGAACGACAAGGACGCCAUGAUCGAAGACUGGACCCUUUCAAAUCCCAGUCCAAGGACCUUAAUGUCAACCUUCUUAAGCGAGGAGUUUGGUUCAAGAUCCUCGUCAGGCUUCUUGGCAGGGAAGGAAAAUGAGGGGCCUGCACUGGAGACGGAAAAGAUGGAUAAGGUUACAAAAGAGGAAGAGGGUGAGGCAUCAAAUGAUUUCCUAUCAGAAUCAAAUUGGUCUGGAGCUCACAAAUUGAACUCGCAUGGAGGUCUCGCUGAGAGGAUAUCUGCUAGUGGUUUUAACGUGCCCAAGCUCAAUACUGCUCGGAUUGGGCAAGAAAAGAUGGCUUCAUCUUCCUCAGAUGUCCGAUCUCCAUAUCUGACCAUUCCACCUGGUCUGAGCCCUACAUCAUUGUUAGAGUCUCCGGUUUUUCUUUCUAAUUCUAUGGCUCAACCAUCUCCCACCACUGGCAAGCUUCAUUUUGCACAGAACAAUAUUGCAGGCCCAGCUUCGAUGUCGGUCUCAUCAUCUCGUAUUAAAAGUAAUGACCUACUCGAAGAUGCUCCUGAAGCAUUCGCUUUCAAGCCCCUCCUGGAAUUACACUCCUCAUUUUAUUCAAGUUCUGAGAGGAUGGUUGCUCCAGGCUUAAGUCAACCACAAACAUUAUCAAGUAUAACUGUACCUGUUCAAUUGGGGAAACCUAAAGAAACUGGAACUUUGGAAGCUGGCCCUAUGCAUUCCCAAAAUCAACACGAAUUCAACCUUCAGGCUGACAGUAAAGAUGCUACUGAUUCUAUUAUGUUCAAACAUAGUAUGCCUGAUUCCUUCAUGGGAAGCGACCAUGCUCUGCCCCUUGAUGAUGAACAGGAUGGAGACAGAGACCUUAAAGGAGAGCCUUCAUCUGUGGCUGUUGGUGCUCCAGCAAAGGAUGGUUACAAUUGGAGGAAAUACGGACAAAAACAAGUAAAGGGUAGUGAAUACCCAAGAAGUUAUUACAAAUGCACUCACCCAAACUGCCAGGUAAAGAAAAAGGUGGAACGCUCUCUUGAAGGUCACAUCACAGAGAUUAUCUAUAAGGGUACCCACAAUCAUCCCAUGCCUCCUCCAAAUCGCCGAUCUGGUGUAUUGUUGUCCCACCCAUUUAAUGACCCAGAGAUUGAUGGUUCUGCUCAAACUGGAUCACAAAUGAAUUCUGAUAGCAAGACCAUGUGGACAACUAGAAAUAUGGGGAACGAGGAGCAAGAUUGGCAGGGUGAUGGCCUGGAGACUACAACAUCUGCCCAUGUAGCUGCUGAAUGUUGUGACCCUUCUGCUACUACAAAACAGACUCCAGAUAUAGCUCGUUUAUCUUCUGAUGCUAUAGAUGUUUCAUCCACAAUGUCCAAUGAAGAAGAUGAGGAUGAUAGGGCCACUCAUGGCAGUGUAUCACUUGGCUGUGAUGGUGAGGGAGAUGAGACCGAAUCCAAAAGAAUGAAGCUAGACACCACUGCUAUUGAGAUGAGUGCAGCUUCUAGAGCAGUUCGUGAACCAAGGGUUGUGGUUCAGACAACCAGUGAGGUUGACAUUCUUGAUGAUGGGUAUCGUUGGCGCAAAUAUGGACAGAAAGUGGUUAAAGGAAAUCCAAAUCCGAGAAGCUAUUAUAAGUGCACACAUCCAGGAUGUAAUGUUCGGAAACAUGUGGAAAGGGCAGCACAUGAUCUGAAGUCAGUGAUCACAACAUAUGAGGGUAAACACAACCAUGAUGUCCCUGCUGCAAGAAAUAGCAAUCACCCAGGCUCCAUUCCCUCUGGUACCAUAUCCAAUACAGCGGCACCUCAUGAACCUCAUGGUCUACUCCCAAGAGUGGAAUCUGCCCAAGGCGGUUUAGUAAGGCUUGAAGGCCAUGCACCUUUUAGUACAUUUGGCCUCCCUGGAAUACAGCAGCUAAGACCAGCAACCAGCUUCUCUUUUGCGAUGAGCCAACCAGGUUUUACGAACCUUGCUAUGGCUUUGCCGGGUCCUCUAGCGCCAAUGAACGUGUCAGUUCUUCCUUCGGUUCACUCAUAUCUGGGCCACCAUGUGCCUGUUGAAGGAUUGAUGAUUCCUAAAGGAGAGCCCAAGGAGGAACCGAUGCCAGAGUCGGAGUCAAGGCUACCCAUGCCGAAUGCAGGUCCAAUGUACCAUCAGAUGAUGAUGAACGGCGUACCGCUAAGACCUCAGUUGUAAAUAUUACUACAGACUAAAAAAAAAAGAUGUUCUGCAUACCUGAGAAGAAAAUUUUGCUUUUAAUCUUUUUUCUUUGCAGUUGAGAUUCCGAACAGCUUCUGCUUUCAUCCUCAGCAGAAAUAUCAAAAUGUCUUAUGUGACAAGUUUGUGUAUUGUGCCAAAGAAUGUGACUGAUGAAUUGGAUUUGUCAAAGUGGUUUGGUGUGUGUAGUUCUUAUACAAUUCAUUUAAUUACAUAAUUGUAAGGCAUAUGUUGUA